AUGAAAAGACCACCAAAACCUCAGGAAGAGAGACAGGUAAUGGCUAAUGUUGCUAUCCAACAUGAUGUCUGCGAUAUAGCCAGUGGCUCAAAACUUCGGGCUGCGAGAUUUGACUUCGACGAAGGCGGUCCUGAUGCUGCAAUUGAACUAUCUGCUCCACGGAGUUGCCAGACAGAUUUGGACUAUAUGGAGGAAGACGACGGACACACGUAUCCUGAGGGAGGUCUUGAUGCAUGGUUAGUCACGUUCGGGUCGUUUUUGGGCAUAUUUCCGACUUGGGGCCUAUAUUUCAGUGCAGGCGUCAUUCAGACCUAUAUUGCCAGUAAUCAGCUGGCUCAGGUUUCGACGUCUACGAUCUCAUGGAUCUUUUCUUUGUACAAUUUUUUCAUGCUUGGAUCUAGUGUCUUGAGUGGACUUUAUUUUGAUGUCCACGGCGUCAGAAAACCGGUUUUGCUCGGAAGUGCACUGUUUCUCGCAGGAAGCUUUGUUCUGGGUAAUUGCUCAAAAGUCUGGCAUUUUCUUCUAUGUUUCAGUUGCUUGAACGGGAUCGGGACGGGAGUCCUCACUGCUCCGCUUCUCGGCGUGGUGUGCCACUAUUUUUCGCGUAAACGGGCCACGGCCACCGCACUCGCGAUCAAUGGUGGCAGUAUUGGCGGGGUAGUGUACCCGCUUUUACUGCGCUCGCUUUACAACAAAAUCGGGUACUCCUGGACCAUGCGAAUAAUGGCUUUCAUCGCAUUGGCUUUGCUCGUGGCCUCUGCUUGUUUAGUGAAAGAAGACGUCUCCAAGUUGGCUCCACCAAGCAAUACAACGGCAUCGGCCAAACCGCGCGAGAAAACGACCCCACUGUCCUUACUGCGAGACCUGGCGCGCUACAUUUUGCAAUCGUUCGACCACAAGGCGCUCUCAGAUCCACGGUUCUUGUUCUGUACGCUGGGCACAUGUUUUGCGGAACUUUCGACGGGUGCGACUUUGACGUAUCUGGCAUCGUAUUGCACUGACGUCGGAUACUCCGAGAAUGAUAGUUUUCUCGUUGUUACAGUUCUGAACGCUCUUUCCAUCGCGGGCGGGUAUUUCUACGGCUAUCUUGCGGAUUGUUUUGCGGGCCGUUUCAACGUCAUGGUCGUGAUCAACGUGUGUUUGGGAAUUCUGCCGCUCGCGCUUUGGCUUCCAUUCGGCCAGAAAAAAAGUGCCGUGAUGCUUGCGUUCGCCGCUCUGUAUGGGUUCUUCUACGGGUCCCUGCUGAACCUUGCGCCUGUUUGCUGCGGCCAAAUCUGCCGCACCGAUCAGUUUGGAACGCGCUACUCUACCAUGUAUUUUCUCGUGGGUCUCACGUUUCUCGCCGGCAUCCCCAUUACGGGCGCCAUAAUCGGCGACGGCACGCUCACCCAUUACCGGCGUGCAAUAAUAUUCAUUUCCACAAUGGCUAUUGUCUCGGGCGUUUUUUUCUUCAUCAGCAAGGUCUUCUCUGUGAGGUGCUAUGCACUCAAAAGCGAGCAACGGCAAACCCAUGAGUCGCUUCUGAAAUCAAGCUACAAACUCACUAUAAAGCGGUUCUGA